AAAUUUAGUGUGAUCCAAUAUCUGGUCCUAAACCCAUUAAAAUUAAAAAUAUUUAUAGUAUUUUAAAUAGAAAAAUGUUAAUUAAAGUUAUAUAUUUUGUGACUUUAUUCAUGGUUACAAAUUCCGAAAAAAAUGAGGAAGAAAAUCAAAAACCACACAUAGUUUUUAUUGUAGCAGACGAUUUGGGUUGGAAUGAUGUCAGUUUCCACGGAUCGGAUCUAAUAAUGACACCGAACAUAGAUGUGUUGGCAUACGAAGGAGUUAUACUGAAUCAGUAUUACACGGAUACGCAGGGGACCUCCUCCAUUAGCGCCCUGUUCACCGGAAAAUACCCCAUGCGGCUUGGCACCCAGGGCGCGUCGAUAUCGGCAUGUGAAGACCGAGGCAUACCAAUUUCGGAGCGACUGCUGCCGGCUUAUCUCCAGGAAUUAGGGUACUCCACGCAUUUAGUAGGCAAGUGGAACGUGGGCAAGUCUAGAGAACACUAUCUGCCCACUUUACGAGGAUUUGAUACUUUCUAUGGCUUCCAUGGCAGCUCUGUGGAUUACUAUACGUAUAAUCUAAUAGAGACGUGUGAUGGUAAAGAGUUUUUCGGUCUUAAUUUCUUUGACAACCUGGAUUCCGUGCAGAAUCUAAGAGGACAUUUGACUGAAAUAAUUACUGAUGAAGCCGUACAAAUAAUAAGAGAGCACAACACGUCAACGCCAUUAUAUCUGCACAUUUCGCAAGCAAGUCCACAUGCAGGCGGCGGCUUGGUGAAUCUGCAACCGCCUGUGGAAAGCAUAGCGGCAAACGAACACAUCGCACACUCUGCCCGAAGAUUGUAUGCAGGACAAGUUACAAGUUUAGACAGGAGCGUGGGUCAGAUUGUGGCAGCAUUAGCCGAGAAGGACAUUUUACAAAAUACUAUUAUACUUUUUGUAUCGGACAAUGGAGCAGCUCCAAUAGGUCAUUCACAAAACUUCGGAUCAAAUCUCCCUUUGAGGGGAAUUAAAGGAACUCCUUGGGAAGGUGCUGCUCGAUCAAUUGGAUUGAUUUGGCAGGCUGCUAUAUCUCCUAAAGUUUAUGACGGCUUAUUUCAUGUUUCUGAUUGGCUUCCUACAUUAAUGAACGCUGCAGGAGGAAACAUCGUUAAAGGCAUAGACGGUACAAAUCAAUGGGAUGCUAUAAUCAAUGACGAAGAAAUAAAACGUAAUGAUUUACUGAUUACUAUAGAUGAUUUAAAUGGAUGGGCUGCAUUUAGAGAAGGAGAUUUUAAAAUAAUUGUAGGAGAUGUUCCGAAAAAUAUUAGCAAUUACCAUGGUAAAGAGUUUGAUGCGACCAGAAGCGACGUUCCCACAUAUGAGACUCUGCUUUAUGAGUGUGAUACCGCUCGAGUGUUGAGAGAAACAUUAAAUUUGAUACUUGAUAUCGAUUUAGCUUUUAUAAAACGUAAUGAAUCUGUUUCCGCAAAUUUUGCGGAUAAUAUAGAAAAUUUGUGUUACCCAACCAAAGAUAAAGGAUGUCUUUUUAAUAUAACGGAAGACCCGUAUGAACAAAAUGACUUAUGGUAUACUUCGCAUGAUGUGGUAAGACACAUGACCUUGCGUUUGAGGACCCUGUGGACUGAAGCGAAGCCACGGAGAGAACCACAACUCAACCUUAGAGCAGACCCGUCGACAAAUAACUACAUUUGGUUUAGCUUCGUAGAAAAUGACGAAGUAACUGACGAGUCUCCUCUUGCAAUGCCUACAUUUCCGCUUCGAGUUUCUUUAGGGGAAGUGCAGUAUUUGGUAAACUUAAACCUGGGUAUGUUAAAAAACAAGAUGAAUGACUAUAUAACAAGCAUGGGCGAGUCAUUUGUGAAAAGUGUGAAAGGACUGUUCGCUUUCUAAUAAAGACUAGACCUAAUUUUGUAUGUAAGUAUGUACCUAUCCGAAACAUUAGUUAAAAGUGUUAAAUGAUCUAUCUAUUAAAAAAAAAACAUUAUCGUUUCCUACUUCUAUAUGAAACAAAGAACUCUCAACUAGACUGAAUGAUCUGUACCUAAAAAUAAAUAAUGGAUCAGAUAUUUUAACUACGAAGCGUGAAAUUCGAUCCUUUUGACUUUGAUUUCCCAGCGCAAAACUUGUGAUUAAUUCCACAACAUAUAUUACAUAACAAUAUAGACAAUGUAGUCACGUGUAUCGUGGGUGGGACUGCCUAAAAUACCUAACGAACUUCAAGAGCCGACGAUGUGUUGUGUCAUCGCUUCGCCGCCCGCCCUUUGAUCAGACCACGCGAGCAUUAAAAAGGAAAAUUGGUCAGCUUUUCGGGUUCGCACGACUGAAAGAGCUUAUUAUAUAUAAUGACAAAUAGAAAUAGAAGCCAAUAGGGGAUCAAACUUAUAUCACACAUUCAUAAACACGUGAAUAUUCAUACUCAACUGGAUUUUUAAAUACAGAGAGAAAAUAGAAAAUUGCUCGGAAUAAAGCUUUUGCUGGAAUGAAAUUGUUUCAUGGCAAUUCAUAUAGGUUUUGAUAUUGUAGCAUCAUUCCUUUGUACAUUGUAUGAAAUUUGUUAUUUAUAAUAAUUAUUUAUGUUAAAAAAGAAGCGUCGGAAAUAAAUUAGUCCUAAAUUAUUAUGUAGAAAUGUCAGAUAUUGAUGAAUUGGAGAGACAGAAAUUAAUUAAUUGGAAAAAUAUUAUUAAAGGCAGCGCCAUCGUUUGUAAUGUCAGAGGUCAGGAGGUGGUGUGGUUUCUAGCUAUGUAGACACCGACGAUUGCGAAUUAUAGAGUUUUGGAAUUUUUGUAAGAUUGGAUGUUUGGUUUUUUGCAAUUUAACACAAAAUCACAAAAAUUUUGUACUUAGAAAUUCUCAAGGGCGGCCACGGAACAUAAGUACCUUAACGUAACGGUACUUAUUAACGUUUUUAGAAAAUGUAAAGGUACGUAAAGUAAUAAAAAAUAAAUUAUUGAUUUCCGAACAGCGCUGUUUACGAUAACGUCCCUUAAGAUAUGGCGCGUAAACACACUUUUAUAUGGGGUUUCGUUUUCCGCACUCUCGGAAUAACAUUCGUUCGUGAGAAUUGAACUAAACGCUCUAAAUCGACUUAGUAUUGCCGUCAUAAAUCUCUUUAGCCGAAGAGCCCUCUAAUCUAAGCUUCAACUCAACAAGAAAUAUACGAUCCCUCAGGCUUUGUACUGUAUUCUCACGAGACAGGGUGAAAGGAUUGCUAUGUAUGGUAUGAUUAUAAUAAGUCGAUAUGUAAGUUCCGUUCAAACAAACAGUCGUCGACGAAAUCUUGGUUGGUACCUACUGAAAAAUAUUAUGAACAUUGCAAAUUGAGUACCUAUUAAAAUUAAUGACUUUAAA